AUGCAGCCUGAAUCAAAUUUUAUGAAAGCCUCUCCGCAGAAUAUCAAGGAGAACCCGAAAGCCAAUUUUUGGCUUGCAGUUGGAGGAAUCCUGCUUUUGUGGACGUUUUACAAAGUCGAAAUAUACCCUAGCUUCAUCAGCCCAUUGCGCCACCUUCCUGGUCCAAAGGCUAUCCAUUUAUUGGAUAUGGGCUCAUCCCGCUUUAAAACGCCCAUGGGACCAGACUUCCUUGAAUUCAUGGAUAAAGUCCCUAACGACGGCCUCAUCCACACAGGGAAUUCUCCAACGGGAGUAACAUACUCCUAA